AUGUGCCCAGGGAAACGGAUACUAAAAAUGCUCCGCUUUGCUUGUUCUGUGGCCAUAAUUAAAAAUUAUUUUGGUCCAACUUUUCAGGCAUGCCUCAUUGUGAACGUCAGCUCCGAACCGAAGUCCUUGCACGAAACACUCUCAACACUUUUAUUUGGUGCCAACGCUCGCCAGAUUGCCCUUGGACCUGCCAAAGCUCACAUCUACCAGGCACGCGAGGCCACCAGUUAG